CAAAGGAAUAUACUUUUUCCAAAAAAAAGACAAACAUAUUCAGCCCCCCGAACCCCACCACCAUAGAGUAUGCAAACAGAAUUGUAAUGUAUUUGUAAAAUGUACUGUUAUUCCUAAGUGUUAUUUUUCUAAAAUAUGCGUUUAGGGUUUUUUUUUUGUCCACGGCACAUUGUCAUUCAUGAGAACGUUCUCUUGUGACUCCAAUAUAUUGACUUUUCCCCCCUUAUAUAUUAAAAAAUACAACUUUUAAGAACUAAAACGUAACCCUAAAGCAUCCUCCCGCCACCCUUUCUUAAAAUGUACAUUUUCCAAAUUGAUGAAAUGAACUUUUUCUCCUAAUCAACUUCAAAUGCCUCCCUGCUUUUGUUCAACAUUUAAAAAUUGUGUUGCAUUGCCUUCUAGUGGCUACAAGUAAAAGUACAGCUAAACUCAACUGUUGCUCCCUUCAGAAACGCGUGGGAAUUUUGUUUUCUCUUUCGGCUUACGGCAACACAGGUUCUCUUGCGUUCGAUUUUUCGUUGUUAAUCAGGUCUUUAACCCCCAUUCGGAAAACGUAGCUCCGUAGCACCGUUUUUUUUUACAAGAGUCAGACAAAGGUCUACUUUUGGGUGAGCAGGUUUUGCCAUUUCCAAGCGUUCAUGAAGUCAAGCGCUAGACCUCACGGUGCCCUGCAUGUCACUUGUGUCGAUGAAGGUGGCAGCCAGCUGGUUUUCCGCCAGUUUGGAGGUCUUGACAUUUUAAACAAGUCGCUGCCAAAUUGUCUUUCUUGUUCGGGACUUCAACUUGACAUUGAAGAAAAAAAAAAACCCAACUCACCUUUGUUUAAGAGAACAGAAUGAAGACGCUUCGGGUUGUAAUGGCACUGCUGGUCGUUUUCCAGCUUCCAGUCAAUUCCAUGCCGCCAAGAUCUGCUUUUGGUUCGAGCCGGACACAAUCAACUGUCACGGAAAGCCCUCCCAGACCCCCCGAGAGUGACGAGAGCGGGAAGAGGUGGCCGUCCAGGCCCGCGUCACAGCCCCCCGGCUGGGACGCGGAUCCCGGCGGCCUUUCCGGCGACCGGCACCGCCCGGAAGAAUCGGACCUGUUGGAGGAGGGGCACGACAACUCCACGGAGAUUGUGAGCAUGGAUCACGCGUACUACACGUCUAAAAUCACGGGGCCCGGCGACGCGGGGGCCGCAGACGCGUGGGUCAACGCGCAGCCGGCCAAGGGGGAGCGGUGGAAGACCUCCGGCUUCCUGUCCGGUACGCGCUGCCGGGCCGAGAGAGUGAAUCUUUCCUUUGACUUUCCGUUCUACGGUCACAUGUUGAAGGAGGUCACCGUGGCACCCGCAGGCAAGUAUGCUCGCCCUAAGCGCCUUCUGCCAAGAGUGCCAAGAAGUGUACGCUUUCCCCGGACAGGCUUCAUUUACACCGGCGAGCUCGUCCACCGCCUGCUCACGGCCACCCAGUACAUCGCGCCGCUCAUGGCCCACUUUGACCCCGCCCUAGCCGCCGACGCCUCCGUCUUUUACUUUGAUAACGGUUCCGCCCUGGUGGUGCAGUGGAGGCGCCUCCACCUGCAGGACCGGCUCCAAUCGGGCACGUUCACCUUCCAAGCUGCUCUGCACGCCGACGGACGCAUCGUCUUCGCCUACAGAGAGAUUCCUGUUGACAUCAGAGACAUCGGCAGUGAGAAUCACCCGGUCAAAGUGGGCCUGUCGGACGCUUUCGUGGUGCUUCACAAGAUCGAGCAGAUCCCGAAUUUGCGACGGAGAACCAUUUAUGAGUAUCACAAGGUGGAAAUUGUCAAGUCGAAAAUCUGCAACGCCACCACGAUAGAGAUGCUCCCUCUCCCAACGUGCCUGCAGUUCUCCGGCUGCGCUGCGUGCGUCACUUCUCAGAUUGGCUUCAACUGCAGCUGGUGCUCCCGCUUGCAGAGAUGCUCCAGCGGCUUUGACCGCAAGCGCCAAGACUGGGUGGACCACGGAUGCCAGGACCAGAGACGAGAUCUCCGUUGCCUGAGCGUCCUGGACGCACGGUCGCGCCAGCCCACGCCGGGGAGUGGCGGGAAGGGCGCGUGCGGCCCUUCUUCCUCCGCCAGCCAACCUGCAGCGGGCGGCGAGGACCGGGACACGGGCCAAAGGAAGCGGGCGGGUCUACUGGCGGGUGCGGUCGCGGUCGCCGCGGUCACCGUCGUCACGGUGACGGGCGUCCUGCUGUCCGUCUACGCGUACAAUCGCCCCACGUCGACCGCCGGCCUCUUCUUCAUGGAGCGGCGUCCGGCCCGUUGGCCCACCAUGAAGUUCCGCCGCGGCUCAGGCCGCCCUUCUUACGCCGAGGUGGAGCCCCCGGGCGCGGACGCGGACGGCGCGGCGGUCAUCGACCCCAAGCGGUCGUUGGUCAUGGAUAUCAGACGAGAGAGCGAGCAGAAGGAGGGCUUCGUGGUGCCUGACCCCAGGGAACGUUUCCUCUGCUGCGAGAGCGCUUAACCGGGACUACCGCUCCCAGAAUGCCGCGCUUUCUUAUCAUCGAAUACCUCCGCGAGGAAACGCCAGUACUUUUUGGGAUGCAGACUUUGCCUUUGCCACCGGACUGCUUGAAUGUGAUUUGCAAAGACAAAUACAGACCGACUCUCUGGCCAAGAUCGCUGUUAUGUGUCAGCGUUCCCUCCCGGAGAAACUUCUUUCCGAUGAUGGAAUGUCUUCACCCAGCCGUGUCAUUUCCUCUUUUCCAAAAUGCAAACAAAAUUCCUCACCUUGUCCGCCUUCCGUGUGCAAGGUUCAAAAGGGCUUUGCUGCCAUUCAUCUUCAAGCAUGCCUUUAUUUUCGACUGAUUAUUCCACUUUACACUUAGGAUAUGUCACACCUAUUACAUAUCGGCAUGGGGGGGGGGAAAUAUGCAUCGCUUUUUUUCUAGACUGGACUGUGAUUAAAUUGUUCUUGAAAAGAAGAUGUUUGCUCUGUUUUGAAGUCUUUUCUUUCUCGCGAAAAAAAAGUAGCAGAAAGGC